AAACAAAGAAGUUGGGAAAAGCCAACCCAACCCAACCUGAGGGGCCGUAUCCUUCCCAACUCUAAAACCUUAUCUCCCCACUAUCCGUCCCUUCCUUUCCCCUCCCUUCCAUUCACUCUUCCUCACAACCCAAUCCCGAAACAAACACUCGUUUCGUCACUCUUGAGAGUGCAGCGAAACCAAACCCAAAACCCCUUUUCUUUCUCUUCUCUCAGUCACAGCCUCCAUGGACGCCUUCAAGCUUUCUGCUUCAGAAGAGGUUCAGCACCUCACAAACUCAUCAGAUAAUGACGAGAAAUUUAGUGGUGGGCGUGGUGAUGGUAGUGAUGGUGGGUCUGAGACUGAGGGGUUUGUGAGUGGGGAAGAGGAUUUUGAUUCCGAGAGGGCAUUUGUGAGAGGCUUAGAUGAAGAAACCGUAGUUAAAGCUAUUGCAGGGGAAGAAGAUUCCCCAGUCAAGUUUAUCAAUUCUUCGGAAUUUUUCUAUCCCAGUAGCCAGAGGCCGAUUGCCAAGGUCUCGGUGGAUGAUGAUGAUGGCGAGGAUGAUGCUGGGGAUUCGAAAUAUGAUGUUUUGGGGGCUGAGGAUGUGGUCAGGGAGUCUUUUGUUACUGAUAGGGAUUUGAAGACUGUUGGGGGUGAGAGUUCUGUGGAGAACUUGGGAACGAACGGUGAGAUUUUGGUGGAUACUAGUUUGGGCAAGAAUGCAAAUUUUGGUGAAUUGUUGAAAGAAAAUGGUGUAAGUGGUGGCCAAGGGCAUGUUGUUGAUGCCUUGGUAGGCGGUGAAGUAGAUAAGGAGUUUGAGAAUUCGAAAUUUGUUGAGGGUGUAGGCUCUGUGGUUGAGGGAAGUUCGGUGCCGGAGACGCAAUUGGAGGUGACUGAAAUAGAAAAUAAGAAGGCUGUAGAGUCUAAGGAAGGCGAUGUACUCAAUGGCACAUCAGAAGUUGUAAUAGAGAGUAAAGAGAAUGGUGGAGUGGUUGAAGAAGACAGUACAGUUUUGGGUGGUGUUGAUGAGAAAGAGAACUCUUUGUUUGUAGAACUAGCUGAUGAUAAGUUGGCUGAAAAGGAUGGUGUGGAAUUUACCAGUGAAGGUGACUCAAUUGAGCAAGCUGUACAAGUGAACUUGUCACAGACAGGGGCAGCUGUCGUUGGCGAUGUAGAGACAAUUGAGGAAUCUGAAAUGAAAGGCAUGGAGGUUCCAGUCGAAGGUGUGAGUUUGGAUAAUGGAUUUGAUAAAAUUAGCCAUGAAACUGACGAACCAAAUGACUCAAAGUUGGUGGCUAUGGAUUCCGAGUCUGACAGAGUGGCAGUUGCUGAGUCUGGGAAUGUGGAAGUUCAUGGGCAGAAAGAUGUUGUUGCUGGUGCUGAUGAAGUUGGUUUCGAGAAGAGGCCAGAAAGAGAAGAUGAACUAAAAUCUGAUUCUGAAACCAGACAGAAAGGGCUCACGACAGAGCUAGGUACUGAUGAAGUAGAAGUGGUGUCAGGUGACGAACCUUUUGUAGGGGAUGGAGCUGAAACCCAAACUGUGAACUGUGUUUCUGAUUUAGCACAACAUGAACCGGCGGAUGAGGCAAAACCAGAUAAUUCUAAUUUUGGUGUACAUGAUCAAGUGGAUGAAUUGGAAGCCGCAGUCUCUGUAAAAUCUCUGGCCCCUGAGUUUGUGGAACCGAGUUCCAUUAACCAAGAAAUAAAGCUAGAAGAGGAAGUUCAGAAGAAGCAUUUCCCGGAUGAAGGUGGCAAUGAAUCGGUGAAUGCAAAUUCCAUUUUGGACCGAGAGAUAAAGGUAGAAACCGAAGAUGAUGAUAAGGAUCUUCAAGAUGAUGAUGAUGAUGAUGAUGAUAAGGAUCUCCAAGAUGAUGAAGGGGAGAAUGAAGGUUCAAUAGCAGAUGGUAACAACGAAGGUAUGAUCUUUGGAAGCUCUGAAGCUGCUAAACAAUUCUUGGAAGAAUUGGAAAGAGGAUCAGGUUCUGGUUCUUACUCAGGUUCUGGUUCUGGUUAUCAUGAUCAUUCACAGAGAAUUGAUGGCCAGAUUGUCACAGACUCGGAUGAAGAAGUGGACACUGACGAGGAAGGGGGUGGAAAAGAGUUAUUUGAUGCUGCUUCACUGGCAGCUCUUCUGAAAGCAUCAACAGCUGCUCCCUCAGAUGGUGGCAAUGUUACAAUUACCACCCCAGAUGGAUCCCGGCUUUUCUCCAUUGAGCGUCCUGCUGGUUUAGGAUCUUCAAUCCGCUCUUUGAAACCUGCUUCACGACCAAACAAUUCUAAUCUCUUUACAUCUUCAAAUGUCACAGUUGGGGGAGAUUCUGAGAACAACUUGAGUGAUGAAGAGAAAGCGAAACUGGAAAAGUUUCAACAGAUAAGGGUUCAAUUCUUGAGGCUUGUUCAGAGAUUAGGUGUUUCUACAGAAGAUUCAGUAGCUAGGCAGGUUCUAUACCGCCUAGCUCUUCUUUCAGGGAGGCAAAACAGUCGAGAAUUUAACCCUGAUGCUGCGAAGAUGACAGCUCUCCAGCUUGAAGCAGAGGGAAAAGAUGAUUUGAACUUCUCCUUGAACAUACUGGUUCUUGGGAAAACGGGUGUUGGGAAGAGUGCUACUAUAAAUUCAAUUUUUGGUGAAGAAAAGACCCCAAUUUAUGCAUUUGGACCUGCAACAACUACUGUCAAAGAAAUUGUUGGAGUGGUCGAUGGAGUCAAGAUUAGGGUUUUUGAUACACCAGGUCUUAAAUCUGCUGCAAUGGAACAGAAUGUAAAUCGUAAAAUCUUAUCCUUUGUACAGAAGUUCACGAAAAAAUGCCCCCCGGAUAUUGUCCUCUAUGUGGAUCGGUUGGAUACCCAAAGUAGGGAUCUCAAUGAUGUGCCAUUAUUGAGAUCAAUUACUAGUGCCUUUGGUCCUUCAAUUUGGAGAAGUACCAUAGUCACUCUAACCCAUGGCGCUUCUGCUCCUCCUGAUGGACCAUCAGGUUCCCCUCUGAAUUAUGAGUUGUUUGUUGCUCAGCGGUCUCAGAUCCUCCAGCAGACCAUUGGACAAGCUGUUGGUGAUCUAAGGUUUAUGAGUCCAAGUAUGAUGAGUCCAAUAUGUCUUGUAGAGAACCACCCUUCUUGUCGGAAGAAUAGAGAUGGUCAGAAAGUGCUCCCUAAUGGGCAAAGUUGGAGACCCCAGCUAUUGCUUUUAAGCUACUCUAUGAAGAUUUUAUCUGAGGCAACUAAUCUCUCAAAACCUCAGGAAUCAUUUGAUAACCGUAAGCUCUUUGGUUUCCGUUCCCGUUCACCUCCUCUUCCAUACUUGUUGAAUUGGCUGUUGCAGCCUCGCCCCCAUCCAAAGCUGUCUGCUGAUCAAGAGAAUGCUGAUUCAGACAUUGACUUGGAUGACUUGUCCGAUUCUGAUCAAGAGGAAGAAGAGGAUGAGUAUGAUCAGCUUCCAUCAUUCAAGCCUCUCAAGAAAGCUCAGAUUGCUAAGCUUAGCAAAGAGCAGAGGAAGGCAUACACUGAGGAGUACGAUUAUAGGGUUAAGCUCCUCCAGAAAAAGAUGUGGAGAGAAGAGUUGAGAAGAAUGAAAGAAAUGAAGAAGAAGGGUAAGGUUAGUGCAGAUGAUUAUGGUUAUCUGGGUGAAGAAGAUCCAGAAAAUGGGGGUCCAGCAGCUGUUCCAGUACCUUUACCUGAUAUGGUUCUGCCACCUUCUUUUGAUAGUGAAAAUCCAGCUUACAGGUACCGCUUGUUGGAGCCAACUUCUCAGUUCUCGGCAAGGCCAGUACUGGAUCCCCAAGGGUGGGACCACGACUGUGGGUAUGAUGGUGUCAACCUUGAACAAAGUCUAGCCAUUGCUAAUUCUUUUCCAGCAGCUGUUACUGUUCAGCUUACUAAGGAUAAGAAAGAUUUCACUAUGCAUUUGGAUUCCUCAGUUGCUGCUAAGCAUGGGGAGAACGGAUCAAGUAUGGCAGGCUUUGACAUUCAAAACAUUGGAAAGCAACUUGCAUACAUUGUCAGAGGAGACACCAAAUUCAAAAUUUUCAAGAGGAACAAGACAGGUGCCGGAGUAGCUGUGACAUUUUUAGGUGAAAGUGUCUCCACUGGACUCAAAGUUGAGGAUCAGAUUGCACUUGGCAAGCGUGUGAUAUUGGUUGGUACUGCUGGGACUGUCCGAUCGCAGGGCGAAUCGGUACAUGGAGCGAAUUUGGAGGUGCGGCUGAGGGAAGCAGAUUAUCCAAUUGGCCAAGAUCAAUCCUCAGUUGGUCUGUCUCUAGUGAAGUUUAGGGGUGACUUGGCCUUGAUGGUAAAUCUUGUGUCCCAGUUUUCCCUUGGGCGAAACUACAAGAUGACUGUUCGUGCAGGAGUGAACAACAAGCUCAGUGGACAGAUUUCUGUUAGAACAAGCAGCUCUGAACAACUUCAAAUCGCGCUUGUGGCCGUUCUUCCGAUUGUUAGGGCCAUCUGCAACACCAUCUGGCCAAGAGCCAGUGAGAAUUACUCAAUCUACUAGAUUAUGUUUUAUUUACUCAUCAUAUGCUUCCAUUAGAUGAUGUUUUUAUUUUUAUGAGGUCAAUGUUAUGAUCUUGUUGAAUGUUGCUUAAAUUUGUUUUGAUCUCUAGUUUGCUAUCACUUUCAGAUGAAGUCUAGAUUGCGCGAUGAAUUGUUUAAAAAAUGAGAUGGAACCACCUAGAGGGAAGGGAAUUUAGUUUUACCAUUGUUUCACUUGUUCAAUAAAAUGUUGCUGUUAUGAAUCUGAUCGAGGAUUAUGUGAUUUCAA